AUGCAGGUGCCUGAUGCAAUACCUGUUCCUCUAGAGACCUCGAUCCAGCCUCAGUUCUUCCUAAAUACAACUAACACGACCCUUGCUAAUGGGACGUUUGUGCUCGCCAUCAUCGACCCUGAUGCGCCUACUCCACAGAACACGUCCGUCUCCCAAUUUAGACAUAUGCUUGGGGGCGACUUCCGUGCAAACGCGACUGGAGGGCUUCUCAUGAAUACUAGUGCUGCACUUUCCGACUUCGUGCCGCCCACACCCCCUGCGGGCUCCGACCCACACAGAUAUGUCAUACUGCUCUUCAAUCAGUCGGCGAAUUUUGAUACCAAUGCCCCGCCAUUGGUCAACGCAAGCACACCGCGAACCAACUUCAAUAUUUCCAUGUUCGCCAGUGCUUUGCAGCUCGGAACGCCCAUCGCAGGGACUUUCUUCCUUACUGGGCCAGACAACUCGUCGACGGCGUCAGGUGCAGCACCGUCGUCGACAGCACCUACCGCCCCUGGUUCCAACGGCGCGGCGAGCUAUGGCGAUGGGAAGACGGCAGGGAUAGUGUCGGUUGUGACCAUGAUGAUUCUCGCGGCUGCGUGGGUUUGA